CUAUGAAUUUCCGUCAGACUUCAAUCCCUCCACCGAGUUACGUCAGCGCAAGUGCAUCGAUUAUCACGAGUAACGCUUUGGCAGAGCCGUUCAGUUCAUCUAGGCGACCCUCAACGAGACAGAUAACUAAGACAACAUGGGUGUCCCCGCUGGCGAUGUAGAAAAGGGAAAGAAGAUCUUCGUUCAGAGAUGCUCACAGUGUCACACAAUCGAAGCUGGUGGCAAACACAAAGUUGGACCCAAUCUUCAUGGUUUAAUCGGUAGGAAAACGGGUUCGGUCCCCGGAUUCACCUAUUCGGACGGUAACAAGGCUAAAGGAAUUAUCUGGAACAAGGAUACUCUCUUCGAAUACUUGGAAAACCCAAAGAAGUACAUUCCCGGGACGAAAAUGGUGUUCGCUGGACUGAAGAAGCCCCAGGAGCGUGCAGAUCUAAUUGCGUACAUAGAGACAGCGAGCAAGUAAAUCAUUUAAAACGAGAAUUAGAUGUUGUGCAUCGACGAGCGUGAACUCUUGGCAUUUUCAUCCGUUAUAGAUUACAUAGUUGAAUCAAUGAUUGCAAUACCAAUGUCUCAGUCUGACUAUCUUGCUGGUGUAAAUGUAAAGACAAAUGCAAGACGAUACUCAUGGAAAAACAAAUGUAAAGCAAUGAAACGCCGGUGCGUUUGAAACUAGUAAUGAAUUGUUAAAAAUAAGUAGGUCAAAAUAAAUGAUAAAUCGAUAAAUUCACUUUAGCUUGCGCGCAAUUGAAUUGUAUCGAAAUUGUGAACACUGUAUUACUUUGAAUCUUGUGGUUCUAUAUUUAUUGUCAUUUUAAUAUUGUUUUUCCGUCAAAAUUACGUCAACCUGUACAAAUAAUUCAUCAAUAGUUCGGAGACUCAGUGGCAAAAUACAAAUUCGAUGAAGUAUUA